AUGCGAGAGUGCACUCAACGGGGAAAUAACAUGCCUCAAUACAAGUUCACCUACUUCAACGGACGCUACAUUGGCGAAUGUGCGCGUCAGCUGUUCGCACUCGCUGACCAACAAUACGAUGAUGUUCGCUUAACGCUGGAGGAAUUCUUUGCAAUUAAGGACAAAUUACCGUUUGGGCAACUGCCGUUGUUGGAAGAAGACGACCGUGAACUCACUCAAUCCAACGCUAUUAAUCGUUAUUUGGCAAGGAAAUUUGGAUUCGCUGGCGAAACUCCAUUUGAGGAAGCUCUUGUGGAUUCACUAGCUGAUCAGUUCGUUGACUAUCGUGUGGAAAUCAAGCCUUACAUGUAUACAGCAGCUGGAUUCCAGAACUUCGGCGAUGUUGAGACACUGAAGAAAGAGAUAAUGCUACCUGCACGCGACAAAUUCCUUGGCUUCAUCACCAAGUUCCUAAAAAGAAGUCCUUCUGGUUUCCUUGUUGGCGAAUCUGUCACAUGGGUAGAUUUACUCAUUGCUGAACAUGUCUCCUACAUAAGCGCCAUUGUUUUGGAAUAUUUCGAAGGGUUCCCAGAGGUCAAAACCCACAUGGAGAAGGUGCAGUGCAUUCCAAACAUUAAGAAAUGGAUCGAAAGUCGACCAAACACUCCAUAUUAA